AUGGCAUCGAAACGUUCAGAUGAGGAUUUCGCCCAACCUGACUCAUCAAAAGGAAUUAGCAAUAAUUAUUACCAAAUCGAAAAAAUUUUAUCGGACAAAGUCGUGCAAUCAGGAAAUAAAGUGGAAAAGCGCUAUCAAGUACUGUGGGCACCGACAUGGGAACCAGAAAAAAUAAUCAGAAAGAAUGCACCAUUGCUGGUGGAAGAAUAUGAAAAUCGUAAGAGUGAAGCAGAAAAUAUGAUGACGAAUUUUAAGGUUACUUUGUAUUUGGUUGUUGUCACUUGCACACUUAUAAUUCGGUAUGGUAAAGGUAUGGUAAAGGUAAGCUUGGCUACAAAAAAGCCUUACCUAAUGAAAUUCGAUGAUCUCAGAGCGAAUUUCCCGCUUGAUUUGGUCGACUUUUUGGUUGACUGUGUUGAAGAAUAA